AUAUAUAUCCAUCCCCAUCUCAUUUAAUGCAAAGUUUUUCCCCCUAAAUCAAAAUUAAUGUCACCAUGUCUUCACCACCACCUUCACCUUCAUCUCAACCUUGUGGUCUACAUUAACAAAACGUGAAAUUUCACCCACCUCUCCAAACCUACUAAAAAAAAACCAAUCCACAAAAAACCUCAAAUAAAUAUGGAGUCAAAAAAACCCCUCAAUUUGCAUAAUCCAAUCCCUAAUCCAAACCAUGUCGCACUGUGGGAUUGCGGCAGCUCUCUCUACGACUCGUUCGAGCUGAAGGCUUUCGAGAGGCAGCUCGGCUCCGCCAUCAAUUCUAGAAGCAUGUCCAUGCCGCACUUGUCCGAUAGCCGCUCUCAGCCGCCGCCGCCGCCGCCGGCGAAGAAAUCGGCGUCGAAGAUUAUUUCUAGGUCGCUGCAGAGGCUGAUCCGGUCGGUUUUCGGAAUUAGGAGCAAUAGUAGUAGUAAGGCGGGCUCGGGAGAGGGUUUUUUCGUCGUUUAUGAUAAGUCGGCUGCGCUAUCGACGAUCCCGGAGGCGCCGGAGUUUGAUGGGGUGUCGCCGGAAAUUAGGUCGCUGGUGAGGAGGACGGCGUCGGACAGGUUUAGUGCUGCCACGUCGGUUGGUAUUUCUUGUGCUUGAAUAAUUAAUUAGUUAAUUAGGUACAUGAUUAAUUAUCAUGAUUUGUAUAUUAUUUUCUUUGUGCCUCAAUAAAUAUACUCUAGCAUAGUUUUACAUGUAUGACUGGAUCUUUAAUUUGUGUGUUGUUAUAGGAUUUUGUUUUAUAAAGAUAACUAUUGUGUGUUGAUGUAGGAAUUUACAGAUGUUAA